AAACUAGACUUGCUGAAAGCGGUGUUAAUUUGUGUACCGGAAUGAGGAUUGCUGAGCUCUUUUACUCCAACGUCGGUGCGCAGCUUAGUCAACGGACUGGAUUUCGAAGAGGAUUUUUUCUCAUCUGAGAGUAUUCGGACUCUGCUGUUGGCGUCAAAAUGGAGACAACUUCGAAAAUUCUAGUGAGGAUGAAAUUUCUGAACGAAUACAAGGUGACGGUAGCAGUGAAGCAAGACGAGCAGCACUUCUCGUCCAUGGCCGAUUUCGAGAAGCUUCUUUUUGAAAGCUUUCCGAAGUCGAAGGAACGAUGUCAGAACCUACAAUUGCCCUCCUCCCAGCUGGAGUUGCAGUACGAGGAUGAGGACGGUGAAAGAAUUUCCAUCGACAGCGACGGAGACUUGAAAGAUGCUAUCGACUGGGACAGAGGCACAAGUUUCAAGUUCCGCAUAACAUACAAGAAUCCAGAAGUUGAUGGACCGCAGCCAACACCUCCUGGUGGUGGCAGCAGUUCAUCAACUUCUUCCCGCCAAGAGACACGAUGCAAGGAGCCACCUCUUCCCUCUCCUUGGGUUCCAACACGAACCUCGCGUGGAGGAACCCGAGGAUGGGCAGACCCAACUGAGGGCAGACCUCAAAACAUAUAUGAACUUUCCUCUUGGAGAUCAGCGGAAGGGACUACGAGUUUUGGAAGAUCAGCAGCUGAGAAUUUCAGCAUAGAUGAACUUUCCUCUUGGAGAUCAGCAGAUCAGACUACGAGUUUCAGAAGAUCAGCAGCUGAGAAUUUCAGCCCUCUUGGUGGCAGGCUCAAAGCAGGAAUCUGGCUCACGAAUCGAGCUAAUCAGUCAGCGAGACAGAAUAUAGUGAACAUCAGAAAUAAAGUGGGUUUUUCCAUGUUUUUCCAUGAUUGAUUAGCCAGAAGUCGUCUCACUUUUGCUUGGAAUGUUCCGAUUGAGCACACUUAGAAUGACACUCGCGAUUUGCAUUCUGCAGGGAUCGGAAUAUCUCGCCAUUCCACUCUUGCCAAGUCAAGAGGAGCUAUUGCAGUCUGGCCUGCCC